AUGGCGAUAGCGGGCUUUGGGAUGAGACUGUCGCUGCAUUCUGAUGCAGUGCCAACUUUGUUCCCUGACACGGACAACUUCAAGGCAUUACAGCCGAAAGCCCUAAGGCCAGACGAGUUAGGAGCCCCCAAACGGAAACGUGACAACUAUGGUGCUUUUGCCAAGAGAAAUCGCAAAACGCUGGACUAUUACUUGUCUUUAGGCUCGAAGGCGCGCAAGGAAUUACUGUUGGUCAUCAGAAGCAAGCGUCUUCUCUCUGACAUUCGCAUGCUGUCACCAGCUGAACAGACCUCGAUGCUGGAGGCUCAACACAAGGUGGUCUGCCAAUUUGCGCCAAAAUUUGUCUGCUUUUCAUACGCAGCAAUGAAACAGAGAUUGCAUCUGGCAGCCCUGCAUUCCGUUUCUAAUGCGCACAGGAAACAUGCAGAGAAGAAGAACGGCGAAAAGCGCUACAGGAUUUCGUAUCCAAAGUACAAGGCGGGACACCAUGUCGUGAAACCUGUCAAAGAGGCCUGCAAUUAUGAUUAUGUCACAGAGCUCAUGGUUGAAUUGCUGCAAUUAAAACAACAGUUCAAGAGCACCCGGAUUGCUAAGCAGGCAUCUUCUUCCAUUCUGUUCUCUCCACCACCAUUAGCAUCAUCUGCGAAGAAAAUUUUAAAGAAUGAAGCAGUGCAGUUGCACCGCUCUAGGUUUAAUUAAUUACAGUAAUUGGAAACAACUUGGCAUGCCAUUUGUCAUGUACUGCUCCAGCU